CGUGACGUCAUUAUCGGAAUCCCCAAAACCUCUUGAUGUCUAGUCGGUGCGUUUAACUAAUGAUGUAUUUUUGAUGCGGGACAAAAGAAGAUAUUUUCAGCUUUAAUCAAGAUUCAGUAAACUGAUAGUAGCUUCCAAGUUGUUGACAAGUUUGAAACAUAUGUAUAAUGAAAAAAAAGGAACUGCAAGUAGGGGCACCUGGAUAUUAACCCUUCUUUGGAACUGUGAAGGAAAUCAUAAGAAGUGAACUUGAGAGCAAUAUCUUUCAUUCUUUCAUAAUAAUGAUACUAGAUGCAAAAAAAGUAGUUCAUGCUUAAUUUUGCUAUUAUGAAUUACGUAAAGAAUAAUAUAUUAUACAUCUUUAGUUUGGAGCUUGAAAAUUUCUUCAACGGUAGACCAUCAAAGUGAUAUGCAGACACAAGGCACAGUAACGGUUUUACCAUUACGAAGAAGUGCAAGGGAAAGAAAGUUGAAACAAUAUGAAGACUUUGUAGAGUAUUCAAAAGCAGACCUCCAUUCCAGCAGAAAAGAAAUGGUUGUCAAAACUGAAUCUGAAAUCAGGAAAGCAAAAGUUCUUGGUGAUCAGCUGACCAAGCAAAACACAGAUGUGAAUGGCAGUGCUCAAAAUUCAAUUGGGGAUAAUGAUCUAGGCAUUAAUGAAAAAAGACAAUUGUUGUGUGAAGUAAAUGACAAACUAAACACAGAGGCCACUAUAAACAAGCAAGACAAACAUGUGAUAAAGGAUGAGCGAACGCAUGUUGGUGGUAGAAAAAUUAACACAGGGGAGAUUGAAGAAUUUCCUUCCAAUGAUACAUGUAGUGUAAUGGAUGAAGAAGAUAUUGAUGAUAAGGAUGAAAUGAAAGAGCUUGAAGACAUCAUGGCAACUGGUUAUAGAAUGGACAUAUCAGUAGGCAUAAUUUGUUCACCAAUUCAGUCGAAGGAAGGUAACAAGAAAGCACACUCUGAGACCUUCCCAUGUGGACAGUGUCCAAAUUUGUCCAGAAGCCCUGGGGCUAUCAGCCAAAUUGAGACGAAAGUUCGUUGUCUGAAUAGAAUCAACAGACAGGUUGACCUUCAAUCCAGCCCCAAAAGCCGAAUAAGUCAGAAGGACUCAGGCAGAUCAUUCAUGUGCGAGAAGUGUGGAGCAUGUUUAAAGUCCCAGGCCAAUCUCAAGCUGCAUCGCCAAAACAUCCACAACUCGGAUCUUGUGAAAUGCGGAAACUGCCUUCAAAACAUUCGCCUAUCCAACAUGCCAACUCACAAGUGCCAGGGCAUGACAAAGUACUCCAUAAACAAGAUUCCUGCCCCGACAGAGUUAGCGGAAAGGAAGAAAGUCCUCAAUGAUCAUACGGAGAAAGAGUUCCACCAUUCUUCUGGUAAACCCUUCAAGUGUAAGCUUUGCUGUAGUCGGUAUAGGACAAAGAAGCUCUUAAAUACACACAUCAACAGAAUGCAUUUGAUCCGAAAUGAAAAUCCACUCCAUUGCAAUGUCUGUAACAAAGGAUUCAUCCACAAAAAAGCCUUUGAGAUCCAUAAGCGGUCUCAUUCUGAUUUUCGACCCUACAGGUGUCGUCUGUGCUCAAAGACUUUCAGACAGGUUGGUCAUGUAAAGGACCAUCUGCGAACCCAUGGCAUAUCAGGUUUUUUCUGCCAUAUCUGUGACAAGAGCUUUAAGCAGAGAUCCCCCUGGAUAAAACAUGCCAAUGUUCACGCCUCUUGUACGUUCCCUUGUCCGUCUAAACCCUGCUUAAUGAAGUUUGAUGGCGUGGUAAACCUGGUUUCACAUUUCAUGGAUUGCAUGAAGGAACAAAAUGAUACAACAAAUGUUGGUUUUACUUGCAAGUUUUGUGGUCAGACUCAAUGUGAUGCAGAUUUGGCUGUAAAACAUAUUCAAAUACAUGUGAAUGACACCUAUAAAUGCAGUCAGUGUGAACUAAAUUUUGAAGAUUUUAAAGCACUGUACGUCCAUAUGAAUUACCAACAUGGUAAACAAGGGAAAAGCACUGAUGGAUCCCAUGUUCAAAGCAAAGAAGAUCUACUUGCUAUGUAUGAUAUAAUAUCUGCUGAUCAGGUUUAUGAAGCAGAUUUUGUAUCGAGACAGGAGGACAACAAGAUUGACGAACAUGACGUACAAACAGAUGAUAUGCCUAAACAAUACCAUGUCAACUCAAAUAGUUUCAUAGACAAAGGCUUUUCACAUGAAAAUAUUGUGAAAGAGAGCAAUUAUAAAGAUCUUUGUUUGAUGGAAGAAGAAAGUACAAAUAUUGUUUUACAAGACAUGAAAACAGACUUUGAAGAAAAUGUGACAGAUAGAGAGGAGAGAGACACUGUUCCAUUACGUUUGCAAACAAAAAAUCGGUUGGAAGAAAUAGUCAUAAUGGAUGGGUCAGUUUACCCUGUGGAAUUGACAGAGGAGCAUUGGGAAAAUAACACAGGUAUUCAAAGAGUACAGGAAAUUAGGGGAGAAACGGUGACUGUUGUGGAUGGGUCAAUCAUGGAAGAUUCACAGAACACUGCUGAAAUCCCUUCAGAAUUAUCUUGUCGCUCUGCUAGCCACAGCAAUAAGAGCCUUCCAGAGAAUGUGAAGUACUGUAAUGAUCAACAAGAUCUUGUUGAAAUAAAUGGAGACCUGGAUGGUGAAUAUGUUGAAGAAAUUCCUUUUGCGCUACAGAGUCAAGAAAAGACGACAGUAGUGGCAGUUAAUGAAGAUAAUCAGGAUCAUUUAGAAACAGAUUUAAAUGCUGGCACAAAUGAGAUUUACAUUCUGUCACAGCAAGAUAGAAAUAAAAAUAAUGUCAAAACAACUGAAUGUAUUGUAAAUGGACGACGUCCAAACAGGCAGACACCGAAGAGUCAAAUGAAAACAGUUGGAUGCAAUGUUUGUGGGAAAACUUUCCGAAAGUACUGCGAGCUUCAGUAUCACAUGAACGUGCAUCUUCCCAAUGCUGAGAGGACGUUCCAUUGCCAGGUAUGUGGAAGAGGUUUUGCUAAUCUACGAGUGUUAAAGAUCCACAGUCGUACUCACACUGGUGAAAAACCUUUCACUUGUUCGGUUUGCGGAAAGUCUUUCCGACAACAUGGACAUCUGAAAACACAUAAGCAAUUGCACGACAAAGAUUUUCCUUUCAAAUGUUCCUUUUGUCCAAAUAGUUAUAUAAACAACUCAAAGCUGCGAUUGCAUAUGAAGCAGAAACAUUCUCAUGCGUUCAAUUCGGAAGGCUCUUUCAUGUGCAGUAUUUGUGAUGACAAGUUCAUGCUUGAAAACGACUUGAACGUUCACCGGCUGACUCAUUUUAGUAUUGAGCAGCAGCUCAAUAUUCUCAAUAGAUUUACGGUUUCACCAUUGGAUACAGUUUCUCUGUCAAAAACCUCUGAAACUGCAACUGAUACAGAAAGAUUAAGUCAAGAAGCAAAAUCAAGACUAAUGUGCCAUUCUUGUGGUAUUGUGUUGAAGAAUAAACAGUGCCUGGAUCAACACGUUUUGAACUUCCACACAAUCCAUCAGCACAAAUGCGAAAACUGUAAAAAAAAGUUCAAGAAUUCAGAUCGUCUGUCUGACCACAUGAAGCACUGCCAUAGCAACAGUUAUCAAUGUGAUCAAUGUGGGGAAGUGCUAUCAUCACACAAGUGUUUUCAGAGACACAAGCAAAGAUUGCAUGCUGGGCGACUCCUGACAUGCAGUAAAUGUGUCCGUUGGUUCAACACACAAAAGGCAUUUGUAAAUCAUCUUCAAUCAUGCCGUGGAACAGAGUUUGCAGAGAUUUUACAGCAAAACGAGACGUCUGAACUGUUGUAGCAGGUUUCAUACGGGAAUGGAUUUAACUCAUAGUCAUAUUGACGGUGACAUCGUCAAUAAGAAUCCAGAUAAAAUAAAAUUAAUUUUUAUUAUGCCCCCCUUCGAAGAAGAGGGGGUAUAUUGCUUUGCUCAUGUCGGUCUGUCGGUCGGUCCGUCCACCAGGUGGUUGUCAGACGGUAACAUAAGAACGCUUGGGCCUAGGAUCAUGAAACUUCAUAGGUACAUUAAUCAUGACUUGCAGAUGGCUCCUAUUGAUUUUGAGGUCACUAGGUCAAAGGUCAAGGUCACGGUGACCAGAAAUAGUAAAAUGGUUUUUGAAUGAUAACUCAAGAACGCAUACGCCUAGGAUCAUGAAACUUCAUGGGUAGAUUGAUCAUGACUUGCAGAUGACCCCUAUUGAUUUUGAGGUCACUAGGUCAAAGGUCAAGGUCACGGUGACCCAAAAUAGUAAAAUGGUUUCCGGAUGAUAACUCAAGAAUGCAUACGCCUAGGAUCAUGAAACUUCAUAGGUAGAUUGAUCAUGACUCGCAGAUGACCCCUAUUGAUUUUGAGGUCACAAGGUCAAAGGUCAAGGUCACGGUGACCCGAAAUAGUAAAAUGGUUUUCGGAUGAUAACUCAAGAACGCAUACGCCUAGGAUCUUGAAACUUCAUAGGUAGAUUGAUCAUGACUUGCAGAUGACCCCUAUUGAUUUUGAGGUCACAAGGUCAAAGGUCAAGGUCACAGUGAUAGGAAAUAGUAAAAUGAUUUUCCGAUGAUAACUCAAGAACGGUUUUGCCUAGGUUCAUGACACUUCAUAGGUACAUUGAUCGUGACUCGCAGAUGACCCCUAUUGAUUUUCAGGUCACUAGGUCAAAGGUCAAGGUCACAGUGACAAAAAUCGUAUUCACACAAUGGCUGCCACUACAACAGACAGCCCAUAUGGGGGUCAUGCAUGUUUUACAAACAGCCCUUGUUAAAACUGAUCUUUUUUUGUUUAAGUUAUAUUGAUUUUGAUAAUGUUAUGUGUAGUCUAUGGGUUUUCCACACUAUUUUAUUAAUGCCUUAGUGAAUGAGUUACAGCAUGGAAAUAAUUUUGAAGCUUUUGCAAUGAAUGAUUAUAAGUUUUAAAUCACUACGAUUAUUUUUUAAUUACAAAAAUUUAAUAAUGUUUAUGAUAUAUACAAUUUAUUGAUACGUGCAGAAGGAAUAGUGUACAUCGAGUAUCUUUAUGUUUAAUUUACUUGGUCACAGCAUUUACAUACAAACAUACCAUGAUAUCAGUGGAACUGAUGGAACCUCUCAAAUGUGAUUAUUGAAGAAUACAUCCUGUUGAUGGAACAUGGCUGUUUUACAGUAAGAGAAAUAUACAUAACACAUUAAAAGUUGUUCCCAUGA